UGCGGGCAUAGCUUUUGCCACCACUGCGUGACGCGGUGCGCUCACGCCGACCGCUCGCUGCGCUGCCCCCUCUGCCGCAAGGCGCCGCCGCCUCCGGCCAAACCACCGCCGCUAAAAUGGUACGUGGUCGCCACUCCGACUGGAGGGAUGGUCGCCUGCCUUUGCCCGACAGAGCGGGAUGGGCUGCAGGCAGCGAAUGACACGUUUGACCACGGUUUCAGCCGGAUGGUCGAGCUGACCACCGACGACUACUGGCGCCUCCUCCACCGGCGCGGCCCGCCGCCGCGACUGAGGUUGCGCGAUCGGGCGGUGGCGAGGCUCCGCCUGCCCGGGCGGCCGAGGCGGCCAGCGACGGUCCCCGCGUGGCGUUUCCGCGUCCCGCGCCCCGGACCGAUCGAGAGCGCGCUCAUCUUUCUCGGGGAAGGCGUCGAAGAACUCCUGGAGCUCUUCGAAUGA